UUGCUGGCUGCUUUUGGCUGGCUGGCUAGCGAGGAAGUCUAACAAAGACGACGACGACAGUCACCAUCGCCGCCGCCUGCAGUAGUGUAUAGGCGAUUCCAUCGAGGCUAGUCCACGCGUGAUUGACCAUUUUCACAGGCGUCUCUAUAGCUGGAAACAACUCGGAAAGCUUAGCCUCCACUACGACGGCACAAUGUUGCUCACAGUCAAUGUCAAGUGUUUAACCAACGAACUUUUCACCAUCGAGAUCGAUGAUGACUGCACGGUGAAAGAUAUGAAAGAAAAAAUCUCGGAGAUCAAGGGAGCAGCCUUCCCGGCCGUUCAUCAGAAACUAAUCGCUCAAGGCAGGAUCAUGGCCGAUCAAGAUAAAGUGAAGACCUAUGAUCUCAAGAGCGUGAAAUUUGUCGUUAUAAUGGUUUCGAAGCCAGCCACUGGUGCUCAGCCGGGGGCGGCGUCUACAGAACAGCCCGCUGCUCCCGCCGCGGCCGCGGAGGCGAAGCCGGUCGAGUCCCCAGAAGAAAAACCGAAAGAAGCUGGUACUCCCACGGCGACCCGACCGUCGACCACGACGCCGAGCACAGAUUCGAGUGCCGGUAAUGAGAGCACCCUUGUUGUGGGCGAGCAGUACAAGCAAAUGGUGGAAAGCAUCACCGAAAUGGGCUAUCCGCAAGACCAGGUUGAGCGGGCUCUCCGGGCUUCGUACAAUAAUCCUGACAGAGCCGUCGAGUAUCUCGUAACGGUGGGUUGGACGACGUGAAGCUCGAAUUCGGGACAAUAUCGAAUGGCUCGAUCAGAUCGUAUCAGCGUCUAACAAUCCACGAUCACCUCACAGGGCUUUCCCCCGGAAGAAGAAGAGGCUCGAGCCGCGGAGAACCCUCGAGCGCCGAGACAACCGGGAGCCGGAACCCAGGGUGACCUCAGCUUCCUCCGCAAUCAACCGCAGUUCCAGCAAAUGCGGAACGCCAUUCGAGAUAACCCUGCCUUGCUCGAUACGAUCAUUCAGCAAUUGGGCUCGAAUAAUCCGGAUCUUCUUCGUUUGAUCACCCAGAAUCAAGAUGAUUUCAUGCGACUCCUCAAUGAAGAGGACGACGCUGCUGAAGGCGCGCUGCCUGAACUGGGUGAGGGUGCACCAGCAGGCGGUCCUCUGGUGAUAGAGGCUCACGUCACGCCGCAGGAUCGGGAGGCUAUCGAACGAUUGAAAGCACUCGGUUUCCCUGAGCACCUUGUUGUCGAAGCGUACUUUGCUUGCGACAAGAACGAAGACCUCGCGGUGAACUUCCUCCUUCAGGAUGAUUGAAACACACUGAUCCCUGACGACGCAACAAGAGGAAGGAAACUAGGUUUUUUCGGGAAACUGGGAUGCUCUGGACUGCUUCUCUGCACGAUAUGGGAGCAGGCGUGUGUAUAUUUGGUGGAAAUGCAAAAGAUGUCGAGGAACCGUCACGGUGUUGAGGAAAACCAUGAGCUAAAGAAAUGUUAUGAUUUGAUGAGAGGAGACACCAUAGAAUAAAAGAGAGUCAAA